GGCAUGCGGAGCGCGUCCCCGUGUGUGAUGAAGCUGUUGUAAAGAUGGCGGACUUCCUGCCGUCCCGCUCCGUGCUGUCGGUGUUUUUCCCGAACUGUCUGCUGACCAGCGGGGAGGCCGAGCAGCUACGGAAGUCCCGGGAGAUCGAUAAGUGCAUCAACCGGGACAAGACGUACGUGAAGCGGCUGGUUAAGAUCCUCCUGCUCGGAGCGGGAGAGAGCGGAAAGUCCACCUUCCUGAAGCAGAUGCGGAUCAUCCACGGACAGGACUUCGACCAGAAGGCCAAGGAGGACUUCAGAGCCACGAUCUUCAGCAACGUUAUUAAAGGUAUCCGAGUGUUGGUGGAUGCUCGUGAGAAGCUGCAUAUCUCCUGGGGGAACCCAUCCAACCAGCGACACGGAGACACCAUGAUGGCGUUCGACACCCGUUCAGCGAUGGCUCAUGGUCACGGUAUGGUGGAGCCCAAAGUCUUUCAGCACUACCUGCCGUCCAUCCGGGCGCUGUGGGCCGACCAGGGCAUCCAGAGCGCCUAUGAUCGCCGCAGGGAGUUCCAGCUGGGGGAGUCGGUGAAGUAUUUCCUGGACAAUUUGGAAAAGCUCGGCCAGUCGGACUACCUUCCCAGCCAGCAGGACAUCCUUCUGGCCAGAAAGCCCACUAAAGGCAUCCACGAGUACAACUUUGAGAUUAAGAAUGUGCCCUUCAAAAUGGUGGACGUCGGCGGUCAGCGCUCUGAGAGACGACGCUGGUUCGAAUGCUUCGACUCCGUCACCUCCAUCCUCUUCCUCGUCUCCUCCUCUGAAUAUGACCAGGUGUCUGAUGGAGGACGGCAGACCAACCGGCUCAGUGAGUCCUCAACAUCUUCGAGACCAAUUGUCAACAACCGGGUGUUCAGCAACGUCUCCAUCAUCCUGUUCCUCACAAGACGGACUCCUGGAGAGAAGGUCAAGCAGUAUCGAUUCAAAGAUAUUUCCCCUGAGUUCUCGGUGACCCACCAGCCUGUGGAACGUCCAGGGCUUCUGGUCGAAUGCUUUCGCAAAAAGCGCCGCGAGCAGCAGCAGAAGCCGCUGUACCACCACUUCACCACGGCCAUCAACACCGAGAACAUCCGGCUGGUGUUCCGUGACGUCAAAGACACCAUUUUGCACGACAACCUCAAGCAGCUGAUGCUGCAGUGAGGGAACUGACCGGAGGAGGGCGAUGGAAAGUGGUUCCACGGUGCCUUUUCCUAAGCAGAGCGGCGUUCCCCUCCUCAUUGACUGUAAUCAGCACCACUACUACCCUCCACGCUUGCUCUCUGCCUUACUGUUCACUGUGACUUUAAACAGACUUCUGCUGAGAGCUCCGGUCUUCUGACCUUCAAACCACUGUAAAUGACCUCUAACCCCACUCUUCUUCUAUGGUGUUUCUCCUAUGUGUUGGUCUGGUUGCCUUCUUUCCUCUGCGGCUCGGAGUCUUUCUAGGUUUUAAAGCCGUCAGCAGGUGUUUGCAGAUGUUCCUUCUGUCCAGAACCCGCAUAGUUUUGUCUUCUGUUCUACAGCUGCUUUCCACUGGCGCUUGGUGAUGACAUCACUGGUUUGGGUGGGGUUACUUCCUGUGAACAGGUAGACCAGGGCUAACUCAGACACACAUAGGAACACUUACUGCAGAUUCCUCUUGAGUUUUCUAAUGCUGCAUUUCUUUUUCUAAUCUGCUUCUAGACGACUGUUACUUAUUUAAAGAGGUGGUUUGGAUGGACCACUAGCGCCAUGCUAACAGGCUACUGCAGGGCCACAUGUUGUACUCUGCUGUUUCUCAGGGCACGUUAUGAACCACUUCUAGAUGAUUUGAACCCAUUGAGUCCAGGAACAGAUUUGUGUUUGUUGUUCUGAAAGAUGCUUCGAAAGCAGAACUCCAUCCAUCUUCAGCCUGGAGCAUGUCUGACCAUCAGGGUCUGGACAGAAAGAUCUCCUGAUUGCAUUUCCAUCUGGAAUUAAUGUGGUUUAUAUCUGUGCACCUGGUACUAAAUACCUGGUCAGACCUCCAGGUUUACAUCAGUACAGUGGAGAUAUGUGGACAUUUGACUGUUGCUCAGAGAAAAUCAGACAUUUGAGGACGUCAGCAUGAAUUCUGAGGGUUUCAUCACAGAUGUUUGUUCCCAGUUUUCUUAAGUUUCAUCGACCAACAGUUGAUGAUUUAAGAACAUAAUUGGCAUGUUAAUUUCUGGUGAAAAUGGUUAAUUAGUUAUGUCACCAUGCAAGUGUAUUCAAAGUGCCCUUUACACAACUCUGAACCAAAGACGUCCAGGUCAGAGAUCAGCUGUUGAGGCCCAUCCACUGGUGGUUGGAUGGUUGAAGGUCACCAGAGCUUCCUCAGACCUCAUCAUUCCUGCUGCCAUGUUUCCUGUGUGCAAACCCAGACAGAACACAUUUAACAUCAGGACAUGGCUUACAAACACUAGAUAUAAAUAUUCCAGCUGUAGGAGAAGGUCAGUCCAUCAGUGCUGAACUCUGUGGAUCUCCAGGAGUCUCACUGCUUCCAGAUCUUCUGGGGUAAACAGCGAGUCACCGCUGGAAGAAUCCUGGAGUUUAAAUGUCUAAAAAAAAAAAACUUAGUGAAGCCCUGAUGGAUGUCCAGGUUGAAGAUGGUCGGAUCUCUGCUGAAGUCACAUGGAAUCACGUGGUUUAUCUCCACUUCAGCUAAGAAGGUGCAAAAAGCUGUUUUUUUUUUGCAGUUUUUUUCUUCCUCUGAGUAAAAUUGCCAACUGAAGUGUUGUAUUAUUCAGAUCAUUUUAAUUUUUAAAGGUACCUGUCUUUAUUUCCACACAUCCUUAGUUAAACUAAAGUGAAGCAGCUUGAUGUUCUGAAGAUCCUCAGUAGGUCUCCUGGCUGCUCUCAGUGUAUAAAUCUAUGUACAGUUCACUUUGUCCUCUAAUGUCUAAUAUAUGGUGUAUUCCUCUCAGUACUAACAGCUGCUGGAACGCUCCACUCA